GUCACACGCUAUUAUUCAACAUUACCACUGUGGAGUUGUACUCAACGAUACAACACUGAACAGUCUGGUAUAUACCGAAACAUACCCUUCUCACACCCACCGUAGUACCAUCACCGAGCGACCGGAUCAGCGUCAUGGCCAAUGCCAAAGAACCCUCGGAGCUGAAGCAUGAGGACCUCGAAGAGCUGCUGAAGGAUGACGACGCCAUCAAGGUCGGCGGAGUGGAUAUCGACGGCCAAGUACGAGGAAAGUUGAUGUCGAAGAAGAAAUUCAUGUCCAUUGUCGCGAGCGGAUUCGGCUUCUGCUCCGUCAUCUUUGGCUGGGAUAUGCACGAUCAGACAUAUUUCAAAGAGCUGGCCAUCAGCAAUGCCGCCAAUGGCUACAGGGAUAUCACUGCGGAAGUGGACGUGAGCAGCUUUCGAAGAAUACCAUGGGAGAACAAUGUGCCGUUCUUCCUGGUGAGCUUCAGAGAGCCCGAAGGGGAAAAGUUGAUCGCAUGCCCUCGUAGCUUGCUGGAAACAGCGGUCGAGAAGAUUGAAGCCAGCGGCAUUGGGGCUCUAGCCGGCGCGGAGUACGAGUUCUUCACUUUCAGAGCACCAUCCGAUCCUAGCGCGAAUGAACGGAACUCGAGCGCGACGGUAACCUUCUUGAAGAACAAUCCGGUGAACUCCCUGCCUAGUCUCGAAGAGGGCAUGUUUGGGUACUCUCUCACGCGACCGACACAUAACCAGAAGUGGUACUAUGAUAUAUUUGAGACGUGCAAAAAGUUCCGGUGUAAUAUCGAAGGAUGGCAUACGGAGAGUGGGCCGGGUGUAUACGAGGCGGCACUGGAAUAUGGAGAGAUCAGGCAGAUGGCAGACCGGGCUGCACUGUUCAAACUGGUGGUGAAGAACACGAGCUCCAAAUACGGCAUCACACCGUGCUUCAUGGCCAAGCCGAGAGAAGGCUUGCCCGGUAACAGCGGCCAUAUGCACGUGUCACUUGUGGACCACAAAACGGGCAAGAAUCUCUUCCAUCGCGAGGAGAAGGACGAGAACCCUCCAUACGCAGAUGUGGCACAUGUGUCCGACAUUGGCCGCUCAUUCCUCGCAGGCGUCUUGGAAGGGCUACCGGAUAUCAUGCCACUCGUGGCUCCUACUGUCAACAGUUACAAGCGUCUGGUCGAGAAUUUCUGGGCGCCAGUGACGGUAUCAUGGGGCUUAGAACACCGCGCUGCCUCUGUCCGUCUGAUUGCACCACCGACAUGCCCGCCAAAGGGCACACGACUGGAGAUUCGCGUGCCAGGUGCUGACACCAACGCCUAUCUCGUCCUGGCAGCAAUCCUGGCGCUGGGAUGGCGUGGUGUCGAAAAGAAGUUGGCAAUUCCUGUACCGCCACUGGGGAAAGGUCAGGAUGUAGGAGGAGAGGCAGAUAAGGGACAGAGGCUUGCAAAGAGUCUCAAGGAAGCAACUGCCACCUUUGCUCGCCCAGGAAGUAUCGCGCGUGAGGUCCUGGGUGACGCAUUCGUCGACCAUUAUGCUGGCACUCGCGAGCAUGAAGUCCGGCUGUGGGACGAAGCGGUGACUGAUUGGGAGGUGAAGCGAUAUAUCGAAACAGUAUAGGCAGCAUCAGUGGCUGGACAGCUCAGGGUGAUGGAUCAGGCCGUCCAUGUGGGAGCGGGAGAAUGAAUCUGCAGCGAGUAGUUCUCAAUCUAAUGACCUCCACAUCCGUUGAGC